GUACUCCUGCUGAAUUUGUUGCCUGGUAUCCUUAAGAACGUUGUGCCUUGCUGUGAAUAUGGAGAGAAAAUUCCUCUUUUUUCUAACUUGGGAGCAGAAAAUUGGUCCCUGUUUGGAUGUAUGGUUAACAGCAAUAAAGAGGAUCUAAAACAGAUUGCUUGCUUUUAACCAGUCUGAUCAGAGAAGCCGAUUUUGUGCCUGCGGAGUUUCUGCCUUCGCUUCUCCUUACUUUUCCCCUUAUACCCAUCCACCAGGUCUUAAGAUGGGGUGUGGGCUGAGAAAGCUAGAAGACCCAGAUGACAGCAGUCCUGGAAAAAUAUUUUCAACGCUGAAGAGACCACAAGUGGAAACAAAAACAGACUCUGCUUAUGAGUACCUAUUGCUAGAUUUUACAUUAGAAGUUACCUCAAAUCCAGAAAUUAUCAAAAUAUGCUCUGUUUUGGAUAUUGCAAAGAAUGUAGAGGAGUAUUAUAAUAAAGGAUAUGUGGUAGGAGCUAUUCAUCCUGUUUUACUGUCAUCUGGACAAAGAAGGCAUUUUCCAGCAAGUCACAUCUAUCGAGUUGUGCUUGUGCGUCUCAAAUUCAGCCAGAAGAAUCCACCAAUGAGAGAACCAAAACAACCCAGGCUUCUGAUUGAGGAGUGUCCUUUAACGUACGAAAAACUAACAAACGAGGCAGUUAAGGAAGUGCUACAGAAGGUCAAUGAUGCUGCUAAAAGAGGAAUGAAGUUUGUUGGGUUUAUAACCCAGACUUGCUCUCAGUCUAAAAUCUGCAAUGGCACAAAUAUGGGUGAAGAUAUGGAGUCUGACUCGACUCUGUGCAGAAGGAACAGAGAGCAGAGGAGCCAUGAUUCAGACGAAAAUGUUAGAAUCUGGAAUGAAGGGACGCCGAGUGGUCAAUCCUCUGAGAGUGGAAUACAGGAAGAAAUUCAGCCAGAUGGCAAGCCAGCACAAAAGACUGAUUUUCAAGAUGGAAGAGAAGGCUGUCCCAGCCCAAAUAAAUUAAAGGAAAAAGAAGAUACCAAACUAUAUACAGUUUUCAAUGUGUUUGAAGAUGAUUCCACCAGUUGGACCUAUCAUGAUGGUAUUUUGUCUCUGAAAGUGUCGCGGAAAGGACCUGUGAUUAGUACAUUGGAUGCCGAUUGGUUAGAUUUAACCACAUUUUAUUAUAAACAAGGGUUGUCAUUAAUUGACUCCUUUGUGUGUUGGGAAGCCUCUAAAGCUGACUUUGGGCCCAAAUCAUUAGAAGGGUUAUUUAUAUAUGAAGAAGAACCGGGAUUUCCAGGUUCGGAGAGGAAAGGAAAUGAUGCUAUUGUUGUAGAACAAUGGACUGUCAUUGAGGGCAGUGAAAUCAAAACAGAUUAUGGUCCUUUACUGCACACUUUGGCUGAAUUUGGCUGGCUUUUAACAUGUGUGUUGCCUACUCCUAUCAUCCGACUGGACAGUGAAGGCAAUCUAGCCACUAAGCAAGUUGUUUUCCUUCAGAGGCCAGCUAUGGGGAAUCCAGCUGUCCAGAUACCUGAGAAAAAAAAUAAUAAGCAAUUUGGAGAAGAAAAGUUGAACAUAAGAAGUGGAAAAGUUGGAUCAGACACAGCUACUUCUCAGCCUGUACAGCACAUGCAUCCUACAGAGGAAUUCCAUAUAGCACCUUCUCCACAGUGCUGGCCCAAGGAUGAAUCUGCCCACUAUGGAAGCUUCCCUGCAUUCAUGAGCAGCGAUGGCAUGCUUAGAGAAUUGGAGGAAGGACAGUUUGACCAAGAAGAUGGAGUCACUCAAGUCACUUGUAUGUGACCAGGAAAUUACUAAGAGGAACCAAUAGGUAUUUUUAAUGUAAAAAUGUAAUAUUUUAUUAAUAGGCAUAGGCAUAAUCCUCAGUCAAAGAGGUAUACGUUGAAGUUGUUUUUACCAACUGUGUUGAGGAAUCUAUAGAACUAUUUCUAUUGCAUUUAUAGAAAUAUUAACUUGUACAUUAGGUCAAUUGUAUUGGUAUGUUACAUUCCUAGAACAGCGCUAUAAAUUGCUGGUGGCUUUCUCUGCAAUCUUCCUGGCAACUGGAAAGGAAACAGGUACAGACAAGCUGUUGACUUUUGCCCUUUUGGAAAGCAUAACCUUUUCUACAGUAUGACAAUAUGAUGCAAUAGUGACACUAUACAGUUAUAAGCAUAACAAGGAUGAAGAACAAAUUAAAAUGGUUUCCAAACAAGUGUGUCAUUACUGAGCUUCACUUUUAUUCUCAUUGUUUUCAAAAUGCCAAAAUUCAAACGGUGGUCAUGAAACCUUUUGCUGAAAUAUCUAUGAUGGCUCCAUAACGUGAGAUUGUUGAGAAGUUGAAGAAAUAAAGCUUUACCCAAAUGUCUGUAGAUUCUGUCCUGGGAAGGCUUGAGAGAGCUGUUGUGGAAAGCUGAUUAUUAAUUUCAAAAAUGUAUAUUUUUCAUAUCUGGCUGCAUUUUUUUAAAAAAGGAAGAGCACAUAUUGCUUCAGUCUGGGUAGGGAAAAAUGACCAAGCAGGCAGAAGGGGAAUUUAAUUGCUGCUGUAAAUAGGAUAUUUUGUCCGUGUGAAUCCUCGCUUGAGGAAUUUUCCUUAGAAAUCCACCAGGGAGGAAAAUUACAUGAGUUCUCUGUGCUCUGGACACUGCCUAUCAGCCCCUUUACCCCUUAACGUGAUUUUCAAUUUACUUUUGCUAUUUUUAUUAUAUCUGAAUAAAUGAUAGCCUAACCAAGGAGCUUUCUACAUUGAAAGCAGACCAUGUACCCCUGUCCUGAUAUUAGAUCUGAGAAAAAUUUACAAAGGUCUCUAUCUCCCAUCUGCAAAGGGGCCACUUUGAAAACAGGUGGACAAAUUCCAGCCUUGCCUAUACUCCUGGCCAUCUGCUGCUGUAAUCAUGAGCAGGAAUUUGUCCGAUCAUAGCCAGAGAGCUCUCAGCUGCUCACUCCAGCUUUAGGCCCUGUUCUUUUUCAGCAAAUGCUUGCAGCUGACUCCCCAAUUGUGUUAAAUUAGGAGAUAAAACGUUCCUGAGUGAACACGUGCUUUAGGCAGAAUGCCACUAUGCCAAACAUUCAUUUAAACCUCCACAU